CUGCCGUGAUAAUAAAGUAUUAAGAGACCAUGCCUCGUUCAUUAAAGUAGAGUUGGGAAAUGUGAGACCGCCCCCUUUCAGGAGUCAAAAAAAGGAGAGAGGGGGGGAAAAAAGUGAUUAUUGCUCCUCGUAAGGGGAAAGAGUAAAGGUUUCGGACGAGGUUUGUCGGGUAGCGACAGAAACGGCGCUCUCUACACCAAUAGAUAUCCUGUGUUUCAGCAGCACCAGCCUCCAGCUCCAGCCCAGAGUCCCGCUCCGCUCACCGGCAGCUCUAGGAGGGAAUAGAAGAAGCGUCCUCAACGCCUCCAGAGAGGCUCUGUCCGUUCACAGAGGGAGGGGGAGAGAGAGAGAGAGGGGAGAGAGAGAGUAGUUUGGUCUGAUAUUAUACAGACUCCUACCACGUACUGUAUGUUACUUUUUUUUCUUACCCGGCUCCGUCUUCUGCUAAGUUGCGCUCCUGGAUUUUAAGUGCGUCUCUGAGAGCUCCGUCCCCCUCAUCAGGCAGCGGCUUCACUCUUCCUGUCAAACAGCCGGGCCAAACAACCGGCGGACGCGCUUGUUGUUUCUCUCUCAUCAGCCCGGAGAAGAUUUCAUUGCAAACAAAAGUACAGAUGCUGGAAUCUUUGAGGUGAUUGGAACAAAUAGAAAGAAGAAAAAAGACAGAUAAGAGAUAACAGGAGUGCAAGAGUGAAGAGAAAGAGAAGUGAAAAGAAGAGAAAGAGACACAGAGAGAGAAGAGGAAAGCUUUGAGUUAUUCAGAAAGAGAAGAAAAAGAAAGAGACGGGGACGAUGGGGAGGAAAAAGAUUCAGAUCACGCGGAUUAUGGAUGAACGCAACAGACAGGUGACAUUUACAAAGCGAAAGUUUGGCCUGAUGAAGAAGGCAUAUGAGCUGAGCGUGCUGUGUGACUGCGAGAUUGCCCUAAUCAUCUUCAACAGCACUAACAAGCUGUUCCAGUAUGCUAGCACAGACAUGGACAAGGUCCUCCUUAAAUACACUGAGUACAACGAGCCCCACGAGAGCAGAACCAACUCUGAUAUUGUGGAGACGUUGAGAAAGAAGGGCCUAAACGGCUGUGACAGCCCAGACCCAGACGCAGACGACUCGGUGGGCCACAGCCCUGAGUCCGAGGACAAGUACAGGAAAAUAAACGAGGACAUUGAUUUGAUGAUCAGCAGACAGAGACUGUGUGCAUUGAACAAGAAGGAGAACAAGGGUGGGGAGAGCCCGGAGCUCGAGUCCACUCUGAUCCUCACCCCCAGCACUGAGGAGAAAUACAAACAGAUUAAUGAGGAGUUUGAUCACAUGAUAAAAACUCAUAAGAUCCCUCAGGCUGUGCCCCCAUCAAACUAUGACAUGCCCGUGUCUAUCCCUACAAGCAACCAGAACAAUUUAAUCUACACCCAUCCUGGCGGAUCCCUAGGCAACCACAAUCUGCUGCCACUAGCGCACCAUGGUCUACAGAGAAACAGCAUGUCUCCAGGCGUGACACACAGACCCCCCAGUGCAGGUGGCCUCAUGGGUGCUGACCUAACCACUGGCGCAGGCACCAGUGCUGGAAAUGGCUACGGGAACCAUCGCAACUCUCCAGGCCUGCUAGUUUCCUCAGGUGGAAUGAACAAGAACAUGCAGACAAAGUCUCCCCCACCCAUGAACCUGGGCAUGAACAACCGCAAGCCUGACCUACGCAUGCUCAUCCCUCCCGGGGCAAAGAACAACAUGCCCUCCAUUAACCAGAGAAUAAACAACUCCCAGUCUGCUCAGUCGCUGGCCACUCCCGUGGUUUCAGUAGCAACUCCCACGCUACCUGGACAAGGCAUGGGCGGCUACCCAUCUGCCAUCUCUACCUCUUAUGGUACCGAGUAUUCUCUGAACAGUGCAGACCUGUCUUCAUUGUCUGGCUUCAACAGCGGCAGCUCGCUGCACCUUGGCUCCAUGAGUGGCUGGCAGCAGCAACAUCUGCAAAACAUGCAGCAUUCCGCCCUCAGCCAGCUCGGAAAUUGCUCUAGCUCUCACUUAUGUCAGGGUUCAAAUUUGUCCCUGCCUUCUGCUCAAAGCCUGCACAUCAAGUCCGAACCUGUUUCUCCUCCUAGAGAUCGCACCAGCAGCACACCAGGGGGCUACGGCGGCGGGCUGCCACCCAGCCAGAAUCCCCCGUCCCGCCAGGACUCGGGACGCUCCCCUGUUGAUAGCCUGAGCAGUUGUAGCAGCUCCCACGAGGGCAGCGACCGCGACGAGCACAGGAACGAGUUCCACUCGCCCCUAGGACUGGCCCGGCCUGCCCUGGAUGAGCGAGAGAGCCCCUCCAUCAAACGGGUGCGCCUGUCAGAAGGCUGGGCGACAUGAUAACUUUGUCAACGCCCCCUGCUGUGCCCCAUGUUGCUCGGAGCCCAUGACAAUGCAGCAUUUUGAUGCCCCGAAAGUCAGCUCCCAUCUCGUUGUGACACAUCGCUCAACCCCACAGCCUCUCUCCUUGUAUCUCUGUAACGAUGAAGGAAGGAAAAGGGACAACUCUUUUCAAAAAAUGUUUUGUUUUUCUUUAUAAUUUCAUUUUAAUUAUUAUUUCCUUUUUUUGUUGAGUGUGUGUGUGUGUAUGCUUUACAUAUUGAAAUUAUAUAAACCAGUGGGGUGUUGUUAUGGGCUUUUCUUUGGGGAGGGGGGCAGGUUUUGGUUUGGAUUGUUUGUUUGUUUUUUUGCUGGGGAACUAUGCAUAAAUGGUAUUGUAUCUGGAUAAAAAAGAAUCACAUGCGUAUAUCUCUACACGUAUUUAUGUGUACAUAUAUGCAUUUCAGCAAUUAAAAAGAAGUAGUCAGGUACUCCGUCUCAUAAAACGUACUUACAAUUUGCCUCAGCAAUGUAUUAUUAGAUAGAAAGAAAAUUUGAUAAAAAAAAAAAAAAACACCAACAUGAGAGUGAGUGUGUCCUACAGGGGAAAAAAACAUCUUGCACUUGAGUUGGACAAAAAGUACGUCUGUACAGUAUCACUUUCAUUGCUUAUAAACCUUCUGCGCAGUCCUCUCUUGCAAAAACGUGUGUAAACAUUAGAUGAUGUCAUGUUGCAGGUUCAACGUAUUUAUGUAAAUAGUGGGUAAAUUCAGAGGGGUGGGGGGGUAUGGUGCUGCAGGAAGGGGCCUAAAAUGUUGCCAGACAUUUCAAGAUUCAAUAACUCAAUAAAUGUAAAAGUUAAUAUGCAACUUUGAAGGAUUGUACAGGUAAACAUGCAGAAACCCAAUGCUAAGUGUUGAUUUUUUUGGCGCUCCGCUAAGAAAAUGGAGCCUUCAGCCUAAGAGCUGCUUUGUUGUAAUCAAGAAAAACUCGGGUUCUAGUAUUAACUACUCAGUAUUGAUGAACAAACAAAAAAAAUCUAAAAACUUACAAAAAAAAAAAUGUACGAUACACUUGCUUAUAUUUUCAUAUGAAAGGAAUACAAUGCAAAGCAUUUUGUGGCUUUUUGUAGUUUCUAUAAGCCAGAAUGUGUUUUUGAUAGCUUUGCUAAUGACAGAUUGAUAGUUCACCCAGAAAGUGAGAGAGGGUUGUGGGAUGACUGGGCUUCAAUGCCCUAAGCCAUGAAAAACAGACUGAGAUCCAAUGCUUUGCUGAACUGUUUUAUCUUUGUAGAGGUUUGUUUUUAAAUGUGUAUUUCUAAUUAUUAUAUAUAAUAAUGGUAAUAUUAAGAAUCUUUAAAAAAAAAAAAUCUGUGAAAUUAACAUGCUUGUGUAUAGCUUUCUAAUAUAUGAAUAUAUAUAAUAAUGUUUUUCUUUUGUUGGUUUCUUAGUGGAGUUUCUAUGUGCAGUUGCACAUGUCUGGUUUUUUUUGUUUCAUUUGAACUCUGAACAGUGCUGUUUAAGGGGUUUGUAUUUAGGGUAACUUAAAAAAAAAACCAGCUGGAUUUGUGCAACUCGGUGGAGAUGGGACCUGAAUGCUGAAAAAAAAGUUAACAUGAAAACAGCGUUCUUGUGGAAAAUGUCACAUGGCUGAAAGUGGAGAUAUCAGGAAUAACAUAGAUUGCUUCAUCUAGACUGCCCCUCUCACUCAUGAAGAAAAAACAACCCAAACGUUGAUGCAUUUUAUGAUUUAGUUCAGUCAUUAUGAUUUUAAAAUGAUUCAAUUUCACCCAGUUUAUUGCAUCAAGCAGUUUUUCCUGACAUUAUUGUAAAAUCUCAGGUCUUAUCCAAUCUUAAAUGGCCGCUCUACAUGUUUGACAAGCUCACACAAAAUGCAACGGUUUCUUUCAAAUCAUAUUUAACUAAUGCAAUUUUGCAAAUGCAUCAUGAUGAAAUCCCAUUGGUUAUCCUGAUCAUUUGCCAACCUAAUUUGAUUCUGCAUCACGCGCUCUUUCCUCAUGUUUCAGUCUUGGAAACAAAUUUCCACACGACGCCACUGAUCCUUCAGCUUUACCUCCGAAAGGAAGAAACUGAUCAUGCUGGUAUAUGGGAGAAGCACAAUUUGUUGAUUUUAGGUAAAUAGUUGUUUUAAAUUUAUCAUAUUCUUUCUUCUUUUUUAAACAAUGAAACUAGCCACAUAUCUUUCUCUGCCUCCCACUCCGUAUCUGCUGUCACUUAAGUGUAAUACUAUUUUUGUGUCUAUAUUUCAUGCAGGUUCACAAUGUUGUUACUGUAUACAGUCUGUGUAGUCAAACGAGGCAGAGCCUCUGUAACGGUGUUCUUUCUUUAUUUUCUAAGACUUCAAUACAAAAUAAAAACAAACAAAAAAAAACUGUCGGGAAAAAUAAAUAAAUAUGAUGUUUCAGGCAGCAUAAAUGUGUGGAGAAACCAAAGCCAGUGGCAUGUCUAUGUUGUAAAAUCAACUUUUAUUUUCACAUUCAUUUAUGUUUUUAUUUUAUUUUAUUUUUGCAAGAAUUGAAAAAAAGAUAAUAAAAGAAUCUGCUCAAAUGUACAACUGUUUUUUUUUUUUUUUUUUACAUUUCCGUCACAGUUAGUUGGUUUUAUUUUCGGUUUUUCACUCUGCAUUAACAGAUAAACUGUUUGAUCACUCUUUUAUUUUUUCUCUCCCUGUGCAUCACAUUGCAAAAUGUGUCAUUAGCAACAACAACAAAAAUCUGAAUAUUUUUUUGCACUUAAAUCAAGAAAUCCAUCCAGGCCUGUCACUACUUCAUAGUUUAAAUUAUGCUAACCAAAGACACGGGGUAAAUUUAUAGUGUUUUUUUAUUUAAACACAUCUGGUGUAGAUGUUGGUACCUCAAAAUUGACCCAAACAGUACCUCAGUUGAUUUUUGAUAAAUAACCUGCAGUACAAAAGGGGAGACCAUACCUGUACAGCCAUGUGUAAUAACAUACAUUGCUAAAUGUCCUGGAAUUUACAUGGGACUCUUUGUUGGUCCACUGUGUUUGUGGUUUAUUUAAUUUGUGGUCAAAAAUCUGAA